UCCCGGUGCAAUUCAGCAUAGGGAGGUCCCACAGCAGCAAGGGUGCCACCGUCAAUCCCAUGUUGGCGCUCACAGCUGUGGGUGCUGUUUUGCCGUUAGACACUCCCCUCAGCUCUGCACUCAGGACCCACAUCUCCCACCACCACCCCGGGUAGAAAAGCGACCAGCGCUCGGACUGCACGGUGUCCCGGGGAACUUUGAAAGACCCGAGCAGGGCAUGCCAGGAAAGGGCACUUCUCAAAGCAGGGCUGCAAUUCCCGCAAUUGCAUCAGACAGUGACACAGCGGCCAAAACUCAGUCCCCAGCCCCGCAUCCCGGCCCGCCAAAGACCGAGCGGGGAGCACUGCACUGCCAUGGAAAAACAACGCUUCCCGGCAGGGAGGCACGUCCAGCUCCCUGCGAAGAAAGAGCCAAGGGCUGCUGGGGCUGUCCGAUAAGGAGCCGCGCACACCGGGGGCCAAAGUUCAGGGCAUGCACACGACUCGCAGCUGCUCUUUCAAGCAGCCCAGGAGACCUGCCAGCAGGACUGAGACCCCGGGGUGCCGAGCAAGACACCUCGAGGGGCUGGGCGAUUGUCAGCCCCCAAGGCAGCAGCGGCAGCAGAGGGGAAGUCCCGGGUCAGGAGGAUAAGGGGGGCGGGGGUGUUGCUGUCCCAUCAGGUGCACGCAGGCGGCCGCUGCUCCCCACCCCCGGGCGGACCCCGGCGGACGGUCGCUCCAGCGCGCGGCUCCCGGGCAAGCGGCAGGCAGCCCCCCAGCACUCACCUGCCAGGAUCGCCUUGCCGGGGUACUCUCCAACAACUGUAACCAGCCCUGCUAGAUGCAAGUCAGCUCUCAUGGAGUCCAGUGGUCUGUGCACCUUCAUGUUGUUCUUUCCCAUCAGCAAGUUUGAGGAGUCAGCCAGCAGAUGGAAUCUAAUUCAGUACAUGGGACAAUUGACUGGGCUGGAGCCAGUCUCAGAGAUGGACUGCAUCACGGCUAGGAGAAACGGGCUCUUCACUCAUCACUCCUCUCAUCCAGCUGGGCACAGUAGUUUGUUUCUAUGCAGCCAGGUGUGCAGUGCAGUGACUGUUCAGGGUUAAUAAAGCUACCGGGGACCAAAACAGCAGCAGGAUAUCAGAGUGAGGACUCGGGGAUCUCGAGUACUGAGUGGGAACUGAAAACUGCAAGGGCUGAUUGACAAGCAUUGGCUACAGACCCAAAAAGCACCUCAAGUCUGGGGCCAUUCAGAUGGAAAGAGUUUCCCCCUCCUACUCUUACCCUAUAAAGAUCAUUAACAAAUAAAAUCAUGUUAUUUGAUAAGCUGUCAUGAUGUCUGGCUCUGUGUUAGACACAAACUGAAGACAAUCCUAACCCUGAAGAAUUUACAAUCUAAAGACUGUCCCAAAACACAGGACUCAGUGACUCCAAGCAAUGAGUGAACAGGGAUUUUACAUUAUUAAUAUUACUGCUGACACCUCCCACGGGCACUGAUCAUUGUUUUCAGCUAGAAACAUAGUACGUCCAAUGAUGUGGUUUUACCAGAAACCUUUAGGUGGUUGAAGUAUUGCACCAAAAGCAUACCUAUCACACACAUUAUAGCACAGCUACUUUAAUUAUACAGCAAUUUGAAAAAAGUGUGAAGCACUACUUAAAUAUUAGAAUUGGUCAAGAUAUGCUACCCAGAAAUUGACCAUUACAAGCCCCUCCACCUGCUACAAAAAUACACCAAUUUAUGCUAUGAUCAGGAGGCAGUGAGCUAUAUUUCCUUUCUCCAGCAGUGAAGGUUCACCAGUAUUCCAACAGGCUCCUUACAUCAAGUCUAUAGUCUGCUACGCAUGACCAUGAAGAUGGAGAUGUUAUGUUAGGGCUUUUGAGUCAGAGCAUGUAGUGAACCAGUCGGAUUCUGAGGACACUAUUCUACAGUGCCUCACAGGGCCCCAGUUUGAGCACCAUUUGCAAACAAGAGUCCAUUGUGAAGCAACAUUCAGUCUGAAAGGAUUUCCCUUCCCACACUACCUGGUAUGUUGUGGCCAUCGAGGGCUUAUAAUCUUCAAGUGGGAGUAGAACUCUGUAGUAGUAGGAUUUUAUGUUUGUAUUUUGUAUGAUUUAGAAUAAAGAAUAAUGAGAUAAUAAUGUAGCAUGUAUUAAAUGUAUUGGUAUAUGAUUUGAUCAUAUUCUGCCAGCCACCCUUUUUGAAUGGCAGAAAGGAAUGGCCUAAUGGGCCAUUUGGUAAAGAUGCAUCAGCCAGAAUGUGUGUCUGUGCUGAUUUCAAAGGCAAUGACAGACCUUAGAGGGUCACCAAUUUGUUGUAGGUUUAGCAUUUUAAAAUAAGUAAAAGAAUGCAAUGAUUGUUUUUCUUUUGCAUUGCAAUUUGAUGUUCCUGUUCAAAAUGUUCUGUGUAAAUUAAUUUUGUUUUGUGUGUGAAUGAGGAAUGUGUGUGUUAAGAGAUAAGCGUGAAGGCCAUCGCUCAGCCAGAUGAAUGAGGGAGGAACCAGAAACAGACGCAAGGGUGCCAGGAGGCUGCAACAUGCCCCUGUUGAAAUGUCAGAGGAGGGCAGAUUUAUGAUUCUAAAAAUGAGACAGGCACCUAUCAAGGGGGACAACAUAGCUGUAAUAAAAAAAUAAGGACAAUUUAAGAAAACGAGCACUUGUCAAACAACAGUUGAUUUCAGCAUGACUGUGAAAAACUCAUUGGUCCCAGGGAAGGAAAAUCACAAUAUAAACAGGGCGUCUUGCCAUGAAACUUUGGGUUCGUUUGGAAAGACUUCCCCGGAGCACUGUGUUGCGAACGACGGAACCCAGCUCCUCCAAACCAGUGAUCAACCUAGCUGGCCACUAGGUUGAUCCAGACUCUGGACUGGUACCUAUAACAUCGACUGAUGGGACAGUGUGUGUAUGUGUGGUGUAAUUGAAUGCAUAUGCUAACUGUUUGUAUCUUCAGUAAAUGCGGCGUAUUGCCUUUUCACCUA